AUGGCAGCUCAGCAAAACCAAGAUUACCGCAUUGCUGCCGGAAUGCAGUUCAGUGUUGGAGACAAAUGCAAGGUGUGCCUGGAACACGAUGGAGAAUUCUAUAAUGCAUAUAUUCAAGAGGUGUGCCCUAACAAUGGGCCUGUAACAGUGUUUGUUGAAGAACUUGGAGAAAAGCACACUGUUCCUUUGCGGAACUUGAAGCCCCAGGCCUGGAGUUCAGUGGCAGAGAAGGGAAGGAGAAUUCCGGCAGUUAAUGGGCACAGCCAGCACUCUGAUAAGGACCACCGAGGAGCACGGAAGUCUCUGAAAGCACCUGCGAAGCUCCCAGCAGCAGCUCCUCUGUACAGCCAGCAGGCUGCCCCCGCCAGAGGCCAGCAGCAGCCUCCUGUGGAGGACAGAGCACUGGGCAGGCCCUGCUCCUCCCAGAGGAAGUGUGAUCCAGGACACCCUUGUUCCAAAGCAGAGGAGGGACUUGGUGCCCCAUCAGUCCAGGAGCACCUGGCCGCAGCUACGAAGACAGAACUGUAUCAGGCUUCUUGUGACAGUCUGCAUAAGGAUGAGCAAAACUUCCCAGCGCUUAGUAGACCAAGUGUUUGCCAAGCUGCCACUCUGACCUCUGAUGGUGCCAGGAAGCAGAGCCCCCAGACUGCUGAGAGGCAGAGCUCCAGACGCCGCCUGGACAGACAGGACCAGCCCAGGGAGAAUGAAGCAAGAAAUCCAUCUCCUAGAUCUGUCCAGAAAGGAGAAAAGAAUAAGCCUUUGAAAAGCAAUGCUGGAGAGUGCCAGAAGGUGUCAUCAGCCACUGAGAGGAAAAUGAAAGCACAAAACUCUCCCUCUUCCCAGCAGCUGCGUGACCUCCCGUCAGGUUUCUCAGCUGCACUUCUCCAGGGUACAGAGCAGCCCAGCUCCUCCACGAGACCAGCUGACCCAGCCCCCAGCCCGCCGGCGGCCCUGCCCCCUGAGCCUCCUGCCUCCUGCACAGCAGGUGUUCAGCAGCCGAUGGGUGUUCCAUCAGUGUCUCCUUUACCUGCUGUGUUGCCCGAAUUCCUGCCCCAGACUCGGGUGAACACCACCCCCAUUCCUCCCCUUCCUGUUCCUCUGCAUGCCGUCAGCCAGCCUUCAUUGCCCUUCCCUCCGCUGGCAUACCCCUACCAGGACCCCCUGUAUCCUGGAUUCCCUUUGAAUGAAAAGGAGGAGAAGGUCCUUACGCCACCAUUCUCCUACUGUCGGAACGGGGAGGAUCUUCCCACAGAUAAGUCCAUUCUGAGGUUCUUUUUCAAUCUUGGUGUAAAGGCUUAUAGUUUCCCUAUGUGGCCACCCCAUUCCUACAUCUUGCCCCUGCACCAGGCCUAUCUGAAUGUCUACGCCAUGCAGCCCAAGGUGCCGGAUUCCACCUCCUUCUCCUGCUCGUGGGUCCCUGAAGCUCCUGCUGCGCCCCGCGCGGUGACCUCCGCAGCUCCCGCCGGGGCUGGGCUUGAGCACCCCAGCCGGAGCCCGCCUGGGCUGGCUGCUGCCCACCCUUCGGGUCGGUGGGAGCCAGCGGGCGCAACGCAGCCGGCGGCUCAGACUCCCUUCGAACCUCCCCCUCCUGGGGCACAAGGUAGAUUAUGUAGUGUGCCGGAAGUGUAUAGCGCUCAGCCCGGUGUGCCACUUCCGUUUGUACACCCCAACAUGCCGAGACCCUACCUGGGAAACUACUCGAUGUAUCCGCCAGUCCAGCUGGGAUACCCUGUGCAGAGGUUUCCCAGUGGAAAUCCCACCACUAUGGCAAACCUGCAAAUCAGUCCUGCUGUUCCCCAGGAAUACGGAACAGCAACUUUGACCUUUGGCGAAAGCGUCCUUAGCAUUCCCCCUGUGGCUGCUAAGAAUGAUGAGUGUGAGGAUGCACAACGUGAACAGCUCUUCCAAACACCUGUGCCCUUGGUCGAGGUUGCAAAAGAACAGGUUACUUUGCCCACUGAGGAUCGGGAUUCUUCUGUUGGCGCCUUGAAGGCUGAAGCUCUGCCUGUGCCGGAGAAUGAGUGUAUCGAAAGCGAAAAUGAGGAGGAGAGCCUUUCAGCUGUGGUAACUGGGAGUCAGGCAAGUGAGACUGAGAAGAGCAACGCCAAUGAGGCUAGAGGGACAGAAAGUCCCAGAGAAAGAGCAGGGGCAAACUGGGGAUAUGAGCUGGGCACGGAGAACCCAGAGGCUGUAGAGGAGGAUAACGAGCAGAGUGAGACCAUGCCUAGAAGCAGCAAGUUUUACUAUGGUCGCUCAUUUAGGGGAAAAAGAGGCAUCGGCAUCUAUAGGGAUAAUAAAUGGAGGGGCCCGGGUAGAGGUUAUCGAGGCAGAAGAGGACUGGACGAGAGGAGGGAAUACAGCUACAGUGAGGGCAGAUCUGGAGAGACACGGGAUUACCAGAACACCAUGCGUGGAGAGAAGAGUGGCCGUUACAGGGGCCCAUCCAAUAGGAGCAGAGUAGCGAGAUGGAACAGUAGUCACGGGGGCGACCGAGAUUCGGGCUACGCAGGGCUUGACCGUAGGAAUGUGACUCCAGACCAAUAACAACAUAACCCCGUUUUUUUUUUUAAACUGAAAUCAGCAGUGAUUACCCAAGCUUCUUGUAUGCAGGAGACCUCUUCAGGUACUACUUUAAAAAAACUUCCAUCUGAUUUCUUCACUUCCAGGGACAAGUCAGAUUUGACUUCCAAAUGUGAAGUAAACAUAGCAGAGAUACCGAUACAGCCCUGCACACGUGCUGAGUGGGUCACCUUAAUUGUGCUGAGUAAUUAGGCCUGUGGUGGCCAGGUCUUGUGCUUGAUAGCCACAGGACCUGUCCUGCUGAGCUCUCCAUGUACCUGCUUAUUUGAACAAGUGUCUUCCUAGUGAGUGAAGAGGCAUGUGUCCUGGAAGGACCUGUGAUUUCACUCUACUAUAAAGUCACAGCCAGGGUUUGUGGGAGUAAGGAGUAGCUAUAUAGAAUUUACUGUGAGCGUAUGGGCAGAAUCAGUUAUAUUUGUGAUUAGGUUUUCUCUUACCUUGGAUUAGAGAAGGUUCAUUUUUCCAGCUAAUUCCUGCAGUUUAUCCAAAAUGGGAUUACAACUAGUUGUCUCACAAACUAGUAGCUUCCAGGAAGUGAUGAGUAAGUGAUUCUUCAUUUUUACGAAAAGGACGAGGCCAUUGUCAAAAUUCCAAGGUAUUAACGUUUGCUAUUGACCGCCAUACUGUUAGUAAAAGUUGAGUAGAAGUAGUAUACCUUAAGAUCUUGUAAAGUAUGUUAUAUAGCACUGAAGACUUGGGUCAAACUGUUUACAGUGUUUCUUGAAAUAGUAUUGUUUAAAACCAAACUGAAAGCCAUAAAUUCAAGUUUAAAUGAAUAUCCAGUUUUGAUAUUUCAUGGCGCUGUACUGAAAGCCACCCCUCCAGCAUAUUUCUAAAGAGUAUCCUAAAGCUCAGUCCAUAAAUCACAGUAAUCUCCCAAUAUAAAAUGACAGACCUGUGCUUUUUACUUUCUGCAUUCUACACUUUCUAUCCUUCAGUCCCAGUAAACAGUUUAGGUUUAGAAUGUGUUGUGAGAUUAUGUAUUUGUAAAUAUAAAACAAGAAUGUACUCGUAAGACUUUAAUCUCUGUGCAAGCUCCAUUGUAGCGGGCUCUUUUUAUCAUUACAAUCUGGUGUAAUGAGUACCUUCAGAUGAGGAGUGUUUGGGUGAGUCGUUUUUCUUCAGCCUGCCCUGGAAAAACCCCUGUAUUAUAUAUGUACAUAAAUGCAUUCAUGCUUUGUUACUCCUACAUCCCAGCUGUCCUGAAUAACUGAGCUAAAAUAUCCUGCUGUGUUUGGAUAACCAAAUAACUUGAAAGCAGUAGGCUUUCUGUUUUGUCUACUGUACGUUUGGAUUUCUCCUACAGUUUCAGGUUAAAUUAUUAUUUUUUUAUCUGUGACGUGAACUGCUUUUUGUUAUAGGUUUACAUUUUAAAAAUAGUUUGCGUAUAGUUUGACUUUUAAAAAAUGGCAUUUCACAGGUUUAAGCUUUUAAGUUUGUGGCGAAUCUUGACUGGAUUAUUUGCUCAUGAUUGAAUGUUUUUUUUUUUAACUUUUUUGUGAAUAUUUUAUGGGAUUCUAUUUAUAAGUACUACCUCUAUCCUUAAUAAACCUGACCGCUAGAAGAAGCACAAGUGCCUUCAUUGUCUUCUAAGUUCAGUUAUAUCAGAGAUGGCACUUUCAAUUUAAAGGGUGUUUUUUUUUUUAUAAAGCUGAACAUGGUAUACAACAUUGAGUCUGUGCUCCAUUAAAUUACACUUUCAAGUUGAAAUUUAUUCACAUACUUUUUUUCGAUGUCCAGUGAGGGGGCAUCAAUGUUAAAUAGGACAGGGAUAUAAUGGGCAUGUUUGGAUUAAUUAGUUUUGCAAGUUACAGAUUCUAAAAGUCACACCUGAAAACUAUGCCUGUGCUGUUUUUAAUUUAAAGUUUUUAAAAUGUUCAGAAUGUACUUGGAGGAAAUGAAUGCACUUUAUCCAGUUUGCUUUUAAAGCAGUGUAAUCACUGUAGAUUGGGGUUCCUAGAUUGGAAUGCGCCUGGAUUCCACACAUUAAGUCUUGAAGUCCAUAAAAUGCAAUGAGAAAAAUACAUAAUUUUUGAAUAGAUGCAUAUAAACUACUAUAUUAUUUCUUCUGAUGUGCAAGGCUAAUUUUCCCAGAUAUAUUUCUCUCCUUUCAGUAAUGACUGGUUUAGGUGUUACUUCUUUGAGGCACUGAAAAAGCUCCUGCACAAGCUCCACUGCCCUGACUAAAGCAUCUCUCUGCCCCCUGUGUGCAGACCGCUCUGCCAGCUCUCGAUUCCUUUAGCUCUCCUUCAGGUCCCAGCGUUCCAGAUGUACCAGGUGUGGUGUCCGGCUGCUCUUCAGGCAGGGCCAUAGCUGUAUUAACUGGAAGUACAGUAUGUUGAGAAUGCAGUGUGCUGUGAGCAAACACUGUGCCAGCACUCCUGGGAUGCUCUGCUGAGCCAGUCUGAUAUAUUUUUUUUUUUGUUACAUUCUGGAUUUUUGUUAGGUGGCCCUAGAGAAUUGCUUUUGUGCAGUAAAACAUAAUUUUGCAGUUUUCCUUUGGCAAGCUGCUUUUUCUACUAAAAUAAGUCCUCUUUGAAGAACCAAAGCUUUAAAAAUACUAAAUGACACCAAGUUAAUGGUGAAAGCAUUUUGUGCAAUAAUCCUAAACAUGAUAGUGUGCAAAAUCAAAUGUACCCGUUUCCUCUUUUGUCAGUGGUUUGUCAGUUGACAACUUCUUGUUCUUUGCUGGAAGCACACAUUUCAUUUCAUUUGCUUCAAUGUGUGCAUUUGGUUACUUUUUGUAAGAUGUAUGCGAGUUUUUGUUAAUGGUGUUGUUGGCGUGAUUAUUCAAUAAACAUUUGUUUUCAUCUC